AUAAGUUUUGAAGGAAGACGAGUCGAAGUUCGUGAUGAUUUGAUAGGGCAUCUGUGGGAUUUAGUGAUGGUUGGGCGUUUCGUCAUCGAGACGAUGUAGAAUGGGGAACAGUAACAACAAGCUGCCGCUGAGAAAGUCAUUGUCUCUGCCGGACACCCAGUUUCUGUCAGCUGAUGGUGACUUUAUGAGAUCUAAAUCUCGCAGUAGCCAGCGGCUGUUUAAAUUGGGAUCAAGUCAUGAUAUCCGCAAGGCAAAAUUCAGAGAGGCACCAAAAGUAUCCACGACUCAGAGGCGCAUCCCUCUGGUGGAGGCGCUCUUCCUGCCGGAAUUUCCUUUGCAGGGAGACUUGGAUGAACUGGGCUAUGAGGUGGUAGGUGUUAUUGCCAAAGGUGCUUUUGGGAAUGUUCUCAAAGUACGACGUGAGGAUGAAAAGGCUAUAUAUGCAAUGAAGAUCAUGAACAAGACCUCAAUCAUCAUAGAGGGAGCUGUUCAGCAGUGUAAAGAUGAAGCUGCUAUACAGUCUAUGCUAGGUGAUCACCCGUUUUUGGUGAAAACACAGGAAUACUGGCAGUCUAAAAAACAACUCUACAUAGUGUUGGACUACAAACCGUAUGGGGAUGUGUUUACACUGUGGAGGUACCAUGAGAGAUUCCCUCCUGUAUUUGUCAAGUACUUGGUGGCAGAAAUGGCAAUGGUCCUAGAUUACCUUCACAAAGCAGGUGUCAUCUACAGGGAUAUCAAGAUGGAAAACAUCCUGUUCAACGAAGAUGGUCAUGUGCAGGUGACAGACUUUGGCUUGGCAAAGUGGUUGAUGGUUGGAGAAAAGACCAGAACUGUGUGUGGAACAUUGCAGUACAUGGCCCCGGAGGUGCUGGCAGUUUACCCAUAUGGACAUGCAGCAGAUUGGUGGUCUCUGGGUAUUCUCAUGUUUGUCAUGCUAGCUGGUAAGUAUCCUGUGGAUGGAGCUGAGAAUCACAAACUGAUGGCCUCUAAAGUGUUUGAGUGGGAAUUCAAAGUGCCAUACCACCUCAACUACCAGGCCCAGGAAGCCAUCUCAAGGUUGCUAACAAAAAGUCCCCUCCAGAGGUUGACGGAUGUCUAUGAAUUACAGCAUCUUUCCUUUUUCAAGGAGCUCAACUUUACAGACCUCAUAGAGAGGAAGGUGUGUCCUAAAGACGUAGUCCCUGAAGAUUUCUUCUCAUUAGCCAUGACACAAGCUCUGGAAAAUGGCAGCUGUUCCGGUACCGCAGACACAGAUGAUUUUGAAGGCUUUGAAUGGAAUUUACCUGAGGAUGUAGAGCCUGUAUUUGUCUGAAAAUGAAGGGAUGUAAUCUGACUGAGUACAAAGUCAAUGUGUAAGACUGAGGAUAUGCUGGUACAUUGUGUGUUGAAG